UCCAUCGAGUACUCCAAGAAGAGCCCACCUUGCAAUCACCUACCGUUUGUAAAUCUGACAAAACUAAAGUGUGUACUUCUUGUCCUCUGGGAAAAUGCAGUUUGUACAUGAACGCAAAUUUUGGAGCCAUGUUAGAACCAUUUGAACCUCACUGGUUGGUCAUGGAAAACAAAUAUGCAGCUUGAGUUUUCUGUCAACCUUUUGUGUCUCUAUGCAAUCUUGUUUUCUGCAUACACUUUCAAUAACCUAGACCAGAGGAAUUGAUCACAAAAUUGUCUGGUAGCUCCUGAUCCAAAGUGCUGUUGAUAUGUUCCAAGAGAAUAAUUCCAACCUGCCUAGUUAUUCCACCGAGAUGCAGACGACAUCACUUAGCCAUUGCCGCAUAUGCAUCCAUUUCUGCCUUGUCCCUUUUGGCAUCCCAUGACAAUGUUAACACCAGGCACCUAGGAACGUAUGAACUCGAGCCCUUGCAGGCUUGCAACAUUUGUCGCCUCGCCAAGAACACAACAAGAUCCAACAAUGGAGUCGUCGUUGAUCGCCUCCAUUACCGCUAUAUCCAGUACUGAAAUCCAUUGGCCAUAGCUGCGUCCAAAACUGGGAGUUCGGUGAGGAUUUUGCUCUGAAGUCUGAACAUGGACAUAUUCCCGGAGGACAUGGUAUCGUCGGCGACAUCGUCGCCGGCGUCGUCCCUGCACUCGCCGUCGCCGCACGGGUACGGCUCCUGGGUGCAGGAGCUGAGCCAUGACCAGCAGGGCGUGCGGCUCAUCGGCCUGCUGUACCAGUGCGCCGGCGAGGUGGCCGCCGGCGCCUUCGACCGCGCCAACCACUGCCUGGAGCAGAUCACGCAGGUGGCCUCCCUGGACGCGCCCCACACGCUGCAGCGCCUCGCCGCCGUCUUCGCGGACGCGCUGGCGCGGAAGCUGCUCAACCUCGUGCCGGGCCUCUCGCGCGCGCUGCUGUCCACGUCCAACUCCGCCGAGGCGCACCUGAUCCCGGCGGCGCGGCGCCACCUGUUCGACAUGCUCCCGUUCAUGAAGCUGGCGUACCUGACCACCAACCACGCCAUCCUGGAGGCCAUGGAAGGGGAGAAGUUCGUGCACGUCGUCGACCUCUCCGGCCCGGCCUCCAACCCGGUGCAGUGGAUCGCGCUCUUCCACGCCUUCCGCGCCCGCCGCGGGGGCCCGCCGCACCUGCGGAUCACCGCCGUGCACGACGACAAGGAAUUCCUGGCCAACAUGGCCGGCGCGCUUGCCAAGGACGCCGAGGCGCUCGACAUCCCGUUCCAGUUCAGCGCCGUGGAGGCGAGGCUCGACGACCUGGACCCGGACGCGCUCCGGCAGCUCCUCCGCGUCAGGUCCGGCGAGGCGCUCGCCAUCAGCGUGGUGGCGCAGCUGCACCGGCUCCUGGCUGCCGACGACGCGGGCAGGAGGCACGUCCCGGGCAGCAGCUGCCUAACCCCGGUCCAGAUCAUCGCGCGGUCCAGCCCGAGCAGCUUCGGCGAGCUACUGGAGCGGGAGCUGAACACGCGGCUGCAGCUGAGCCCCGACGCGUCGUCCGUGGUCUCGUCGCUGUCGCCGCAGUCCCCGGUGCUGCAGGCGGCGGCACAGCAGCAGCAACGGCCGGCGGCGGCGAAGCUGGGGAGCUUCCUGCAGGCGGUGCGGGCGCUGUCCCCGAAGAUCAUGGUGGUGGCGGAGCCCGAGGCGAACCACAACGCGGCGGCGUUCCUGGAGCGGUUCGAGGAGGCGCUCAACUACUACGCAUCGCUCUUCGACUGCCUGGAGCGCGCGUCGGCGGCGCACCGGUGCGCGGCGGAGCGGGCGCGGGUGGAGCGGCUGGUGCUGGGGGAGGAGGUCCGGGGGGUGGUGGCGCGGGAGGGCGCGGAGCGGAAGGAGCGGCACGAGCGGCUGGCGCAGUGGGCGCGGCGGAUGGAGGCCGCCGGGAUGGAGCGGGUGGGGAUGAGCUACGGCGGCAUGAUGGAGGCGCGGAAGCUGCUGCGGAGCCUCGGGUGGGGCGGGUCCUACGAGGUGGUCCACGACGCCCGCGGCGAGGCCUUCUUCUUCUGCUGGCACCGGAGGCCGCUCUACUCCGUCUCCGCCUGGAGGCCCGCCACCGGCCGGCAAAGCGGCGGCCGGCUCGGCGGCAGCUCGUAGGCCACCCAUGCCCGCCAUGGUGGCGGCUUUGCUGCAGCAGCAGCAUGCACGAUUAUAUUGCACGUGUGUACAGCAUCCCUCGUGCCGUGUCUGCGUGCGCUCUGGAGUCUGAUUACGGUGUGGUCGAAUGGAUUAGCUGUUGCUUGCUUAGUGUGUUUGGGCUGGAGAUAUAAAAUUGAGCUUGUCAACGGCUGAUUUGAAGAGUGUCGUUGUAGAAAGAAAUCGAUCACCCACGAACAUAGCGAUACAAUGAU